GUAAAUGGCCGCCCACCUCUAACUGGAUAUAACGAUUGGGACGAAUUGGAGCAUUAUGGGCGAUUUGAGCUGGAAAGACUUUAUGAGUCAGGCUAAGCAGUUCCUUAAAAUUUCACAGCAGUUAGGCGAUAGCUGGAUGCUGGAGGAAAAAGACUCGAAUGAACCAAAUACCUUCCUUAAGUUCAAUCAAAAAAUGAAAUGCCAAAGCGAAGAGGGUUAUUCAGAAGGGUUGGUUAAUGUGGAGUAUCAUGUGGUCUACAGUGUUUCCUAUCAAGUGCCCAUGCUCUUUUUCCAGGCACACAGAUCAGAUGGAAGUCUUCUGGACUUGGAGGCUACUUGGAAGCUGUUUAUGCCGGAAACAAAAGCCAGAGGUCUCUAUCAGAUACUCACCCAAAUGGAUCAUCCCGUGCUUUUUAGACCUUUUAUGGCUCUGCAUCCGUGUCGCACCGCCGAGGUUCUUAAACAAUUCGGGCAGCCCAGUGACAAUCAGGUUCUUACCUUUAUUAGCCUCUACGGACCCCAUGUGCAGUUGCACCUGAAAAAUGCCUACGGCCUCGUCCAAGAAUACACAUAGUUUGCAUUUA